AUACUGAGUUUGAAUUCAUUUGUAUGUUGGGCAAUCAAGAUCAGAACGACAUCACAUUUCUCAACACUGGCAUAUCACCGCUGUACCUGCAUCCAGAAAUUACAGAAUUAUGCAGCCAUACAACUUUACCUGAAGAGCUGGUGUACGAAGACGGUAACCAUUUGGCUUUGGUAAUAUAUGAUAAUGCUGGGGUGGCUACAACUGAUCCUAGAGAGGGAGAUGUGCAACAAGUCGUGUGUAUGCUUGAAAGUGAUGGGUUGGAUCAGGAGAAGGGUUACAAUAAUGGAGAUGUGAAGAAGAUGGGCCGGGUAAAAAAGCAGAAGCCCUUCAGAAUGGACCAAUAUAAGGGUAAUAGUAGAAGCUCAAGCAUUGGGCUGUCUUUCGCAAAUUUUGUUAUCCCCAUUGCAGACCAAACUGAACUCGUUGAUCUAGAAUUGCAAAAUAGGAGAUCUCAAAGGAAUAAAGCAAAGAAGCUGUCACGUAGAGCACCGACUGUCAAGAGAAGAAAACCACGAAAAAUGGGAAAUCAAAGUUCCAAGAAAACUGAGUUAGGCAUAAUUGAUUACUCUGUCUCUGAUAAUGGAAUCGUGAAUAGAAAUGUCAUUAUUCGAUCUGGGAAGGAAAUAGCUGGCGAAGAUGAGGGAAGAAGCAACUGCUUGCUGGGAUGUGGGAAAAGCGGUAUUGCAAGUCCAUGAUGAUAGCCAUCUCAUGACACAGACACUGCAGAGCUUUAUAGAAAAAGAACAGGAGUGGAUGAGAAGGAAGGAGCAGUAAGGAUGCUGUUUCUGUCUCAAUGAAGGUAUGUUUAUUAAUCCUUGGUAUGGGUAGUAUUAUUAUUUGGAAUGCGUGUGGUAUAGGAGCCAGAGUUAAAAAAAGAUGUGUGAGGAAUCUUAUGCAAAAAUUCAGUCUAGAUGUUCUGGGUAUUUUGGAAACGAAAUUGGAAAAUAUUAAUGACUGUAUUAUUAAUUGGAGUUGGGGUAGAGUUUCUAGGGAUUGGUAUGAAGUACCUUCCUUAGGUCUUUCUGGGGUAUCCUAUGCAUAUGGAACCCAACUUCUUUUUGUGUUUCCAAUUGCUCUGUUGCUAUGAAUGGUCGUAUUCUUCAUGUUGAAGGUGUGUUUUCUCGUUUCAAUAUGGAAUGUUUGGUGUCUUUUGUAUAUGCCCCAAAUGAUGGCUCUCUGAAGAAGGAACUGUGGGAAUACCUUGCUAAUUUCAAAAGCAGCGUUAGCAAGCCAUGGUGUCUUGCAGGUGACUUCAAUGAAACUCUUUUCCCAUCAGACAGAAAAGGAGGCUCUAGAAUAUCUUCUGCCAUGAUAAGUUUUAAGAAUUGUAUUGAUUGUUGUGAUCUUGUUGAACUUCCUUUAAAAGGGAAAAAAUUUACGUGGUCUAGGGCAAAUGUUGCAAGUCGUAUUGAUAGACUAUUUGUGUCGGGUGAUUAGCUUCAGUCUCUCCCAUCUUCUACUCUGUAUGGGUUGUCGAAGAACUUCUCUGAUCAUAGACCUCUGCAUAUGCUAAUAGAUUCUACAAACUGGGCCCGAAGCCCUUCCGGCUUAUGAACUGCUGGUGGCUCAUAUCUGGCUUUAGAAAGAUGAUUCAGGAUUAUUGGAAUUCAACCUUGACAAUCGAUG